GCGGGCCGAGAGCGGAGAGCAUUUCGCUGGCGGACCGCCAUACCGUGGACCACGCGAAGAGACGGGACUUCACUUCUGCAUCUUCUUCGAAAAACGCGGUGGUGUGUAGUGUUCACUUUAGACCGGAGGAUUAUCAUCCCGGUGAUAUGAUGGAGUUCAACAUGGGAUGCCGAAACAAGAACCAAGUGAGACUCAGCUGGUGCGGUUCCUUCGGCAGCACCUUCAUCGGGUCCGCCAUCAGCCUGUGGUUCGGCCGUUGGCGGGAAACAUGAUGGUCACGGAUCCAUCAGAGAUGCUGCUCGACGAAAACGUGAACUGUGCACCCAUAUGCAUCAGCCCUCAUGGAGUCUCACCACAGGCUCUAUGAGAACGAAGCACUCUCUUGUCUACCGCUACACCUGCUCCCCUUUCCAGAUCCCUCCAGAGGAUCAACAAGGAUGAGGCUGUUGGCGUGUAUCACAGCAUUCACAAUUGAACAAAAGUGCGUGAGAGUGGCGUGUUGCAGUCGCCUGCGCUUCAUGUGGUUCGCUCUGGUGGUCCUGACGGUCCUCUGCGGGGCACUGCAGAUGCUGGGAGUCGUCCGACAGGCCAGGAGCUCCAAGGUUUUGAAACUUGUGAGUGAGCAGCUGGUCAGAAUGCCUGCAGAGAUGUACAGGCCCGUAAAGCACAAAGACUGGGAAAACCUUUGGUCUGUUUCAGCAGCCAUUGUUGAGGAACCAUUAGACCUGCAACCUUUCAUACAAAGAAAAGACGAGAGUGAAAACCCUCAUUCAGAAGAGGGAAGGGACCAAGUCUUGGAGGAUACAAGAAAAAAGCUUUCUAGCUCUACCAAAGCAGCUCCACCAAUAGAGGCGAUUAAACUAUGGCUUGACCAAUAUUUUCCAAACCAGCCACAGAGGCCAGCUUUCCCCAAAAGGACCCCAGAAAUUCACAAACCUCCACCCUCUGAUGACAAAACUGAUAAACAAACAGUAAAAUCACUAGUUGACGAUACUGCCAUGUGUCAUCCCAAAAACCACAUCGUCUUCCUCAAGACGCACAAGACUGCCAGUAGCACCAUACUGAACAUUCUCUAUCGUUAUGGGGAAAGCCAUAAUCUGACCUUUGCCUUGCCGCUGAACAUGCAGAGCCAGUUAUUUUACCCAGCGUUCUUUGCAGCACACUUUGUGGAGGGUGUCAGGACUCGCAGCGUGGAGGAGUUCCACAUCCUGUGCAAUCACAUGAGAUUCAGCUCACAGGAGGUGAGGAAAGUGAUGCCUAAAGACACAUUCUACUUUUCCAUUCUUCGGAAUCCAGUGUCGAUGAUGGAAUCCCUGUUUGUUUACUACAAAGCGAUCCCAGCUUUCCGUACUGUCAAAAGCCUUGAGGAGUUCCUGAUCCAGGCACCCGAGAACGACACCGAGCUCGACAAACGUAGCGCCGAGGUCAUCGCCGCCGUGGAACGCGACUUUCCGCUGAUCCUCAUCUCGGAGUAUUUCGAUGAAUCGCUGGUGCUUCUAAAACACGCCCUCUGCUGGUCACUGGAUGACGUUUCAUCUUUCCGACUCAAUAGUCGCAGUGAACGCUCUCGCAGGCCCUUGAGCGCAGAGAUCGCAGAGUGGGUAAAAGAGUGGAAUUCACUAGACUGGCGAUUAUACCAGCACUUUAAUGCCACUUUCUGGAAACGCAUAGACUCCACACUCGGGCGGGCGAAGCUCCAACAGGAAGUUGAACUUCUGAGUGCAAAGAGGAGGAAGCUGGAGAAAAUGUGUCUUCAGGAAGGAGGGGCAGUAGAUCCUGCGCAGGUCCAGGAUUCAUCACUGAAGCCGUUUCAGUAUGGCGCAGCAGUUAUUCAAGGUUAUAACCUCCGACUGGGGUUAAGUAAUGCCACUCGUCAGCUUUGUCAUAGGUUGAUUACACCUGAACUACAGUACACCUCAGCUUUGUACACCAAACAGUUCCCUCAUCUGGCAGAUGUGCGUGCCGUUGCUGCAAACAAGUUUGCGGCUUCCAGAAGCACUGCAAUGCACAGAGCUGUUAAGCACUAUUUUGACCUCACAUACCAAUACAAAUAAAGUCAUUGUGGAUGAACAGCUUUACACAGUUUAGCUAAUUCUGUUGUCCAUAAUGAGAGACAAAAUCAUUUUGAUGUAACAAAACACUAAGAAUAAAGAAAUAAAAAGUAACUCACAUAAACAUUCCACACAAACAUACUUUUUAAACUCAAACAUACACAAGGAACCACAAAAAUCUGGUUUAUUGAGAUGAAUUAACCAAUUUGAACUCCGAAUAAAAAUAGAUAACUCAAAGGAGCUAUCAAAUCAAACGAGAUUUGGCUGGCUAAAAAUCUCCAAUGUCCAUCGUAAAUAGUGUAGCGAUGUAUGAAGCACAGCUCACAACAGGUUUUCUUUUUUUUCCCCUUUUAUACAGGUUCCAUUCAGUACGGUCAAAUUUUUUU